AUGGAGGUUUGAUUUCGUUUGUUAAUUUUCUCUUUGUAAAGCCUCCAAGAAAUCCGCUGACAUAUGAACAUGUUUGUAACGGCUUAUGCGAAGUAGAGGAAAGUAUUGAGGGAUUGUCUUUCUGUCCCCGAAAGUUUAUAUGCAACGAUAAGUAGGUUUUCAGGUUUAUGUUACAAACUCGAAGAAUGAUCAUAGAUAUUAAGCAUAUGGAAUUUUUUAUCCAUCUUCAAGAUUUGAAUUUAGCAUUUAAUGCUAUUGAGGACAUAAGGCCUCUACAAAAACUGACUUUACUGCAAAAGUUGGACUGUUCAUUCAAUCAAAUUUCGGAAAUUCCUAACGUUACGUGGCCCUUCCUCGUGUAUCUUAAUCUCAAUGACAAUCGGAUUACUAAACUUCCUAAAAUGUCUCAACCCAUUUUGCAAAUCUUGUGCUUGAAUCGUAAGUUGUGUCUUUAAUUUUAUAAGCAGAAAAUGAAUAACCUUGAGCGAAUUUCUGAGUCUGCUGUUUCGUACCGUAGAUAUUACCUACAGACAUAUCUCGUCGUUUAUAUGCCGAUAGAGACAGGGGAGACUGGAAUGGCCAGUUCUGGCUUAUUAGCCGUGUCAACCAGUCAUACCCAACCCCGAAGUGUGAAACACCUCGGGCUCGAACUCGUGACCUGUUAGUUAGAAGUCCAACGCCCCUACCUACUGAGCCACGGGCUCUUUGUCCUGUCGGUUCCGAUCAAAAAUAAACAAUGGUAGAGAGGCUUGCUGAGAACAGACGAAAACGGACUGCCACAUUCCCCCUGACUAUGCGACCGUCCGCGACGUUCAUCGUCUCGUGGUCAAAAGGGAGCCAGUAUGCUUCGGCACAAAAACCUGUGUAGAUUGUGAGUCCUCCUUGUCAGAAACUGUUAGUAUUAAUCGCCUGCUUAAAUCAUUCAUCCCACAUCAACUUGUUCUAAAAGAACCCUUGGAGUUUCACGAUAUAUUAGCACGCAUUGCGAUUGAUGUACAGUAGAUGUACCAUCUCAUGAGGUGCUAACCAACAUUCCGAAAUGUGCCUUCCACUCGAAAAGACUGCUUAAAUAGGGUUGCGAUGCUAACUAUCUUUCACCAUCCACAAAGAAGACGGAGAUGAAUAGGAGGCUGUUGCAUGGACCAAACUGUAUUUUGAAAUGUUUCUGGAACCUGCUCGUUUUCAUCAUCAAAGUGAUGUAUUUCUGCCGGCCGGGAUUUGCGCUGCCUCAUCGCCUGUAUUGUAUUAUAGUCACGCCUGACGCCCGAACUCUGACCGGUCUGCUGACUGACGAUAACUUGGGCAUGAUUGGCUGACAACGGCUAACAAGCCAGAAAUGGCCAUCCCAUUCUCCCUUGUUUUUGUCCGUAAUGUUUUUCGGCAUAUGCAUAUAUGUAUGUAUGCGUAUAUAAUGCUAUAGGGACGCUCACCUAUCUUUCUUACUGAACUCAUUCCUUCCUCUGCGCUCCAUAUAUACAUAUAUAUAUGACAGAUGGACGCUCACCGAUCAGGUUUCGUACUGAUAAUACAGAAAUGGCUAAUCCGGUUUCCCUUGUCUUUGUCGGUACCCAUGUGAUGCCUGUGACGCUGUGUAUUGUGGCCAGACGGGAAAAUGUACCUCUACAUAAACUGCCAGUUAAUAGGCGAGAUCACCUGUUUCAAAUGGCCAUGCACACCCUUGAUAUCCCUGCUAGCACCAGCCCCGUCUGGCCCCACCUAGUGCCGUCCACGUGGGCGUGUACAUGACCGACUUAAACAAGGCAAUAUUUGCCUUUGGGAAAAAUUAUAUUUUCUCGAUUUUAUUCGACUGAAAACGUAUUGUACAAGCUAAAAAGCUUAUAUUUCACGAUAACAGAGCAAAAUCUGUCUAAUGUAAUGCAGACUGACGUGAUUAGAAAGGAUGGAAUUUUGGACGGGGCCUGGCCCCAUCUAGCCCCGUCUGGCUCCCGGGGCCAUGUGUUGGCAGGGCUUGGGCCCGCCUUCGCAUGGGACAAAACUCUCCUCGUCGGAGUUUUCCCAUCUAAAAAUGUCCGAGAGUUUCUUGAAGCCAUGCACUCCGAUGCGUCAUGCAUCAACGCUGCAUGUAUCAUGCUUUCGUUUCUGAAAACCAUCUAUGGUUUACUACAUAAAAGAAUAAAACUGCAUUGGCAGUGAAGUCGCUAGCUCUACAGCUAAUUAAAUCAACAAGAUUAUCAGUAAGUGAUAAUGCAUAAAUUCCAUUAAUUGACCCAUCCUUUUAAUCAUAGUAUUGUUUCCUCACUUCUGUGAAAUUUUUGAAGCCUUUGCAGCCUUAUUAAUAAUCUGAGUCCUUAAGGGACUAUGGUUGUACUUAGGAAUAAAGCCAUACUAAUGAGAGGUUCAAAUCUAACUCACGUCAAAUAAAGUUUGUUGAGCAUGUAUACUUUAGCAAAGUAACUUAAGUUUGAUAUUGGAGAUACUCGUGAACAGUCGGAUAAGGCCAAUAUCACAUUGUCAAAUCUAACUUCUCAAUUUUUGAGCAAUGUUUAUCUUACUUAUUUCAUUUAGUCUUAUCGAUUAUGAGUACGCUAAUUUAGUUCGAAACAAGCAGCUUCUUGAGGAGCGUUUGAGGUAGGUGUGACAUUGAUUAGUGCUAAGCAAAUUAUAAUGGCAUUCUAGUUAUUUUUAUUACUAACUGCUUACCACUCCAACUUUAGCAAGAGACAUCUAGGUCUGUCCGCUUUUGAAUAAAGUUCCUCAUCAGAUCCAUUUAUUUCUCGAUGUCUAAAAAGUUUUUAUCAGCUGGGACAGCCCUUAUUGUCAGCACAGUGAUUCAUUUAUGGUCAGUAUCCAUUGUUCCCUAUAAAGACCUCAGCAUAAUUUUGCUCAGACCAAAUAGCCGAAUGGUUGCUUAGGCAACAAAAACAUUUUUAAUGUAGAGACCAUAAAAUUUUUCAACUGCGCUUGCAGGACAAUAAAUGCUACGGCUCAUGACGAUCAAACGCAUCAUUCUUAAGGCAAUCUAACCUCCAUUUCGAUGUAUUACUCUAUAGUUUAAUCUAGAGGAAUGAGUGUUAUAAGCUGCAUCGGCUGAUUUUGCUGAUUAUUGUAUACAACUAUGAUUAGAAGUACAAUUUUCAAUAUAGACAAUCUAAUAUCCUCUCUUGUGGACGACGACGGAGCGUAUUUGUUGGAAGAAGAUGCCCUUCCACGUUUACAUACAAUAGAGCUCCGCGGUAACCGUCUUUCUACUUCGCUGCCGAACUUUGCUGAGCCGGAGCAAAACCCACCUGAUGUGAGCAUCUACCUACGGCGGAUUGGAUUCUCACAUUCUGGUCUCAAGAUGCUGGUGAUGGCGGAGAACUCAUUGUCUUCUCUAGCCGCCGUGUAUCAUCCACCGGAGGAGGAGGAUCCAAACAGUCUGAAAUUGAACCCUCUCGGCUCCAGAAUGGGUCUUGUGCCAGGUCUGGUGGUACUGCAUCUACGGAAAAAUGGCAUUAAGCACCUGCACGGGUUCACAGCUGUAUGCUUUGCUUCGCUUGAAUACCUGAAUUUAAGGUAAAUACUGGCAGAAACCUUCCUUUAUACUUAGAAUUAGUGUUGACGUUGACGGUUAGAUCUUGAUGUUUAUAAAUGCAUAAGACUUAUUCUUCGUCGAGAAGAAGUUCGAGAUAUCCCCCGUGUUGUCGUCUCCAGUUCGGCAACAAGAUCAAAUACGGGGAAAAGCAGCACUGAAGUCAUGAGACGGGCGUCAAAGCACGUAUACUUUUUCUCACGUCUAUGGUAAGGAGUCCUAGCUAGGUUGCUAGGGUGUUAGAGGGCUAAUUUCCCCUUUUGGAAUGAAGUCUGUAUAUCUCACUUAAAAGGUUAUUCCUCAUCAGCGAUGCGAACUCAUUGAAAGUAAACGAGUGCUGCGAUAAAGCCACCCAAGCAGACUUCUAUCAGUCCCUGUUGGAUAUGACGGGAUUCCGUGAUACGUCGUGGUAGGAAUAUUUGGUCUUUGCACAAAAUUUUGGAAAAUAGAGGUACAGCUUCGAAUGUUCAGUGAUGCGUCUAGUCCUCGAAGAGGAAAUUGAAGAACCGACAGCCAGUCAUGCGUGUGCCUAGGAAACUGCAAAAAUUUACUGGUAGGAUUUCCGACUCCCCGUCACAGUGUUUGGCUCAGCGCCUUCCCGACAGUUUCUGCAUUUCACUCGGGUUCAUUUGCUCGAUUCUUAAGAAAAGCGAUAGUUUACUGGCAGCUGGAUAGUUCGUUUACCAUAACAGACGACUGUCAUAUUCGCCCGGUUGCCCUAGAAUUUUUAGGGACGAUCAGAAGCGUUUAAAAGUUGAGGCUAAGGUGGAUGCCAAGGCGUUCGAUGAGACUUUGCUUAAUGCUAAAUUUAUGUUGGAAAGCCAACAGCGUUGUUGUUCGGUUGGAAACAAUCAUUGCGUGCGCUAGAGUAGAGCCGUAAGGCUUAUAGUAAAGUAUUAUACGUACAAACCAAAUACAAAUGUGAGAACAUACCUCGGCCAUUCCAAGAAGUUGCCGUUGGUAAAAGCGCUCGUGGUAUGUCCCCGAGGUAGAUUGAACGCCCUUAAAUUUGGCCGAGCCUCAAAUGUUCUUUUUAAGUAUCAGGAAUCGAAAUGGGGUAUUUCAUCGUUGUUGGCCAAAUACAAAUCCGUAAUUCUGUGAGGGCAGCGUAUUUAGUGUUUUGGAACCUGGUCGGUAGUUUUAGCACGAAACGAUCAUUCGCAGCGAGUGGUAACACUCUCUUAGCAUGUUCGUUUAAAACUGGGGUCGCUUUACUUUGUUCAUUCUGAAUAAGGCUGUCAUGUACCAACUUCUGCCAAAUGAUGAUUACGACAAACUGCGUAUCGAUGUCAACAGAACUCAUUCCAUGCCUGAGGACAAAUUAUAGUACCUUGGAAUAGCACUUCAAGAAAAAUAAAGAUCGACAAUGAAGUCGUACUUUGGAUCACCAAAGCUACCCAGGCUUCAGUCAUCUAAAAGACCACACUUUUAAGCGUCGCGGCAUCCUACUCAAAACAAAACUGGCGAUGUACAGGGUUAUUAUCUUAAGGACGCUCUAGCACUUGAUGGGGACGCAGACUGUCUACAAAGGCCAGACAGGAAGACUUAACAACGUUAACCUCAGCUACUUCCGAAUAAUACUGGCGACAAAAAUACACGAGAAGAUCCCGGCACGGAGAUCAUGGAAAGGACCGGCAUCCUCAGUAAGCACUCUAUGCUGAGGCAAUAGAGCGGCCACAUCGUUAGGAUGGACGACAAGCACAUACGCAAGCGAUUAUUCUACGGCGAGGUCGCCACAGGUGCUCGUAGACACGGCUGACAAGAGUGUCGCUGUAAGGACACCUUGAAGACCUCACUCAAGGAUAUUCAGACCAGUCGGCAGACCCGGGAGGACCUUGCUGAAGACCGGCAGGCCUGGUAUGCUACCGUAAAGUGUUGAGCAACCAUUUUCGAAACCAGUAAAAUAACUGCUCUAAGGGUAAAAGGAGAGACCGGCAAGGCUCAAGUGCCACUGAUCAGUGACGUAAGCACCCAACCCCUGCCAUCGUGUCCCCAUUGUCUGCGGAAAUACCGGACGCGGAUCAGCCUCGUUGGGCGUCUGAGGACCCCCUGUAAUGUUAAAACGACCCUCUCGCCUCUCAUUUCAUAAUACACCAUAAUUACUGCCACAAUCAGCAAUACAGUAAGAGCACGUUCACCAUACUGUAAAACGUCCCUGCCCUGCCCCUACGACCGUGAAUGUUGACUUAGUUUCAACCGAUCUCUAUUACAACGCACAUUUAGAGCAUGCAUCGGUCUGACCGUGCACUUGCCAAACCAUGGCACCGAGACCGGAGAACCAGUACGGCGUCCCCACACACUCAUCGCGGACCCCUUGCUUGCCCACACCUCAUGGGUCUGGCUGGCCACAUGCGCCUCUAUGAAAAUCUUCGGUAGAAACCGCAGCCCAGAUACAGUCAUCAAAACUCGCCCUACUUUCCGUAGACAUUUCCAUAGACGGCCUAUGUGUCUAAUCCACAACACGCACAUACACACCACCCACGUAACACCGUGUCUCCCGUCUACACAAGGUAUAAGAUUCGGCUUCCUCACUGCCAUCAUGGUGGCGGAGCAUUAUAUGUCUGGCCAUGCACAUCUCAUUUAAAUGGGGAGCACGCUCUUCAAUGUAGCCUGGUGCGUGUAAUGGAAACCAGGUCGUAUGUGCGCGCGCGCGCGCGUAGACGGGCUUUUUUGCGCUGUCAACCACUGCGCUUAAUCACAUAACCAGUUUACUGUCAGGCUCGGGCACUCGAUUGAGAGCAUGAGAGAAGGAAAUGAGAGCGGGGCUGACACUGAGGAAUAGAUACUCACGACAAACUAGCACAUUCCUCAAUUAUAAGAGAGUCGCGGACUUGAGGGUUGCCAAGUGGCAGGAUAACUGGGUCCCCAUGAGUAUAUUUUGGAGCAACCGGAGGACUAAGGGUCAGACUCAGUAGCACCCCCUCGAGGUGGCCUCAGUGGCACUCUCGAGCAUGUGAGUCCCAGGGCGUCUCUACGGGAACCCGAUGCAUUUCCUGCAGAUGGGGUCGUGUGUGGUGCGCGUAGACGGAUUGCUCAGUUCUGCCAGUCACUAUGCCGCCCCCACCUCUGUUCGUCUUGCCAUUUCUUGCCAUCGAAGCCUGGCGGGUGAGGGAGGGGGGGGAGUGCAGUAGAUGCCGCAGGAGUGUUCUAUCACUCAAACAAAUUCGUCCGCAUGUUGCCGGCGCCCAGCCGAUUCGGUGGGGCACGCAUAGGACGUCGUCGCAUGCGACGGUCGAACUGGAGUCGCAGUCAGUUGUGCAUGAUCAAACAUCGGCCGGCGAGAUCAUGGGGUCUUGGGCACCAGCUGUUACACUUCCCAGUUCGGCAAACUAUAGCCAUAACAAACCAGUGCACACCAGCACAAGGCUCACAGCUGAGAUCAAACCCGAACGUCAGUAAAUUAGAUACAAUGAGGCUCCAUCAGGGAUUUUCUACAAGUUAAGAUUUAUAGGGAUAUGUAGAAUACUUCUAGUUUUUCUACGUACUCUUUUCUAUCCAUCAGUACAACCCCUGAACCCUUAUCCGGCCUGGUUAGCACAAUGUUUCCUUUUUUACGAAGUUCGCUGAGGCUAUCGAGAUGGGCCCUUGUUAAGGGACCUUUGUUUUUUGGAGCCUUUCUUAAGUACUGUUGACAGCAAUUAACCAUAGUCGACUUCAGAUAGUCUACUUCUCUAGGCCCGCUAGGUUUUAGAUCGGCAGUCUGACUGAAUAGACUUUCGAAUUGGACUUCUAACUCUAGCUGCUUCGGCAUCCGCCGUGCAUUGCAAAACCUAGGACCAAGAGACAGUACCUCUAUGACAGUUUUGUCAAGCUGUACUGAGGAAUAGUUAUGAACGUACCGUUCCGGAUUAUUCGGAAGGGCCGUUUGAGCCUUCACUGGUUGGACACUUCGAAGGAGCUUAGUCCACCUCGCCUUGAUUCUUUUACUUCUGACAGUUUGCAGACUUGCAUGCGUACACAUUUACCUUAUGUUAAUACUCCGGAGCCGUCGACCAAAAUAAUUGUUUUUACGGAAGCCUCUCUGUUCCCUUUAUGUUAACAUCUUGAUAUUCUGGCAUUUAAUAAUAGUGGAAUACUGAAAUAUGUUGAAUUAUUUUAAUAAUUCUGAUGCAUCGCUAAUAACUAAUCCACACUCAAUACCUGAUGUCUAUAGGACGCCUGAAAUUUUCCGAAAGUAUUGUUUUGAAAGACUUCACAAUCACAUUCUGACGAUGUAAAUGGUAAUCUUCACGAUAUGAGGCAAGGUAGCGGCCGGAAUUGAAAAAAAUUCAUCACAUUUACCAACGUCUAUUACCGAUCUCGUCGAAGAAAUUGGUAUCUUUAAAGGAAACAUGAUACUUUCACAUUCAUUUGCACUUGUUUCAGCACACGCUCAGUCGGUUUCUGCCUAAUUUAUGACUCCCACUAUGUUGUGAGGCAAAUGUUUUAUGUCUGAUGCAUCGCACAUUGGUACUCAGUUCCACACAGGCGUGAAGUUUACCAAUUUUAGGAAGGACAAAUUGGCGAACAACCGAAACGAUGGGAGCCUUUGACUCAGUGGAAUUGUUGUCCCGGUGAUCACCAGACUGCGGCUUCGAACUUCGGUUCGAUUUGAUCUGGUCAGUUAAUGAAGGCAAACAAAUGGGAAAUGACCAUUCCGGUAUCCAUGCUUCGUCCAUACUACUCUCCGACUUUCAGUGUAACACCGUAGGACUCACUGACUUUCUUGUUAACUCGUCAAGCUAUAUGACAUUGCGAAUCGACUAAGUUUAAGUCUGUCUCCCGUUUCCCCUGCAUGAAUGAAAUUCCAGCUACAUAUCCGUCACUUAACUUUGCAUCAAUUUGGCUUUUAGAGACAAUGAAAUUGAAUCAGUUAGGGACCUGAAGCCGUUAUCCGAAUUGCCUAAACUGCGUUGUCUUGUCCUGACAGGUAGGCGCCUUUACAAUGGCAUAUAUUUUUGGCGAGAAAAUCAAAUUUGCAUCUGAGCUGUGUCUCUCUGUCAGUGUCGCAUCCAGAUCUCAUAAGUAUUCGAUUCAUCCAUUCUCAUAAGUUCAGGAAAUUCUGCUCCCAAUCCUAAUGUUUAUAUGACAGUUCGCCUUUGUUACUGAUGAUGUCCACCGUGUCUUCUACAGAAAGGUGGGCGCAGUGACGGUGGCUUGUUCGCGAGUUAGUUUAUAAUGAUAGCAGACUUGCGCCGCAUCGAUCACACUCUCCUCUCAUCUGUCCGGGCCUUGCGUCAAGACACGGCCGGAUCCAAACCAAAUGGGAAUGCCACAGAGGCCACUUUGAGAGGGUUAAAUUGAAAUCUGAAUGACCAUUCAGGGGGGGGGGGGGAAGAGGGGAUUAUCCCGUCAGUUGGCAGCCUUGGAAGCCUACCGCUUUCAGUGCACCGUGAUAGAUCCAAGCGUGUCAGACUGUUUUUAAUUGAGAAUAUGUAUUGAGUGCCGUGGAGACGGAAGCCCCAGAGUCGAUUUUACUCUUCCCUCUCCAAGGCAUCAGCCCCCUGUCGGAGCCGGUUAGUCAUCUGAUACGUGGAUUAGGCGUAAAAGGGUUGUGCAUAGUCUUUAUUGAAGAGAAAAAUGCUUAGGCUAACUGAUGCUCGUCAGUACCAGCAACAACUAUCAUUGUCUACCUCCCUUGUACGACGUUAUUUGUCUCCAUGUGCGAAUGCUAAUCAGGCUGGAGUCGUGCUAUGUCAGCCGACCCUGGAGUGCCUGGUGCAGGCUAGUGGAAGUAGCGGGAAGAGGUCAAAGCUGGAAUGGAAGGGCUGACUCUCUAUCUCCAUCCGCCUUUUGUGCAUGAAAUGUUUAUGAGACAUAUGGAUGUGAACCGCUGGUAUUGCAGGUCGCCUUGUGUUAAACUCUAAGGGGGGUCGGGGUUGUGAGGAUUAGUGCUGGAACUAGGGAUGGAGUUAGGAGGGCUAGAAUUUGGGUUAGUGUCAGAGCUAGAGUAAGGAAACGGGAAUAGGUGCCCCUUGGAAUUUAGUUUUAGACCACCUUUAGUAUGAUGGGAUGCAUAGUCUUGGGCUUGACUGAGAUAUUUUCCUGCUCUAUUUGAUUUUAGGAGGUUCUCAAGCAAAAAAUUUAAAAUUUACAUAUUAUAUUUAAGGCGGAUUUUAACUGACCGUCCCGUGUUGGUGUUUGCGGACUAGUAAAAUUCAGAUUUCUAAAAGCUGUUUUACAGUUUUUGGGCGUUAAAGACUGAUAAGGGUAAAACAGUUACUGUUUCUGGCCUAUUCGUGUCCUCAUUCAGCCAACCUUAUUUUCCUGUGAAAAAGUUAUCAAAUUCAUCAUUAUUUUGUCACAAUUUUUUCUUUCCCAAAGUUGCACUUGCUAGGUCAAUCUCUAAAUCUAUGUGAAUGUUCAGGUUGACCGAAAUCAACCUUAGCGAAUGGUACCUGCCCUUGUACAUGUACUAUCUCAUGAAAUGUUCACCCGAAUUCUGAAAUGUGUUUUAAGUUCGAAAAUGUUGCUUAAGUAGCAUUGUAAUACUGAUCGUCAUGCAGCAUAAUCCAAAGCUAUUUCAGUUACGUCAGGAUGCCGGAUUUUGAAAAAUCUUCUUUUCGGCCAUUUACAAGAAUUAUACUCUGUAAAACAUCGCUUCUUAGGUUAUAUGGCAUUUUCCCCUUGGUUCCAAUGCUCUUAAUAAAUUCAUGUACAUUUUAUAGAAAACGUGCGCGAAUAUAUUCUUUUCGUACUCAUUUGGUAGAAAAUGACGUCCUCUUUAAAUUUUAUACUCAAAAGAGGGUGUUUAUCGGUUUUAAAAAAUUUCUUAUGAGAUUUCUUAAGACCGUGAAAUGUCCAGUAAUGCAACAUCCCAUCAGCAAGUUGAUUAAUGCUACUUUUAAGCAUACCACCUGGUCCAUAUACAUUGCCCAAUUUUACGAAUCCUACAUGGUGUUUUCCUAGAAGAAUACAGAAAUGAACAACAUCCCUUUGGCGGAGUAUACACACCAUGUAGUUUGGAAACCUUAAAUGCAAGUGUAAAGACAGAGGGGUAUGAAAAUGUUCGGAAAUCAGAAAUGCUUUAGAAACUAAGAGGUACUGUCUCUUCAAAUAUAAAUUUGAAGAAAACGUAAUGUGCUAGCAAAUGAGUACAAGAGAAUAUUUUAUGCAUGUCUUCUGCCAAAUAUAGCCGAAUUUAUAAGAGAGUCUGAAAUUAAUGGGCAAAUUUAUAUUACUUAGGUAGUACUCCUUUACGAAAUGUUGCUUUUGCGGACGGUCGACAGGAAGUACUUUCAAAGCUGGCAUCUCGGAGUGACUGAAAUAUCUCGUAGCUAUGCUGCAAGUUAAUUAAUACUACAACCUUACCUAAGCAAUCUUUUUAAAUCGAGAUCACAUUUCGGUUCACUUUUCGCGGGACAGCACACCUACUGGUAAAGCUACCAGUAGUGCGUAGUUCACACAUGAAUUUUUGUUCAGCUUGGUGCUAUCACAGGUGAGAGCUAAAGGCGCAGACGCGGAGAUAAGGUAUGACUCUGCAAACGCGACAGAGCCCAAGAGAAAUUAAUGGGCUAGGAAGUGUAAGUAGUGCCUGAGAGAACAACGUUGCAAUCUGUACAGAAUAAGGUAUUCAUUACUGGUGUUUCAUGACUUCCCCUGCCAUCCUGGACUUGCCCAGAUUAUUAUGGUGCCCGGAGUGGGCCUAUUAUCAACUUCUUUCGCUUGUUUCUGGUGCUAGAUCCGAGCAUUUAUACGAAAAUUUUGACAAACAAAUCGUUUGGCUCGGAGGUCAACUCUAUUUCUUUUCGACAGCUUUCUAAAACUGCCACUUAGUCAGUAUUGGCAGUAACCAUUUGACGAAUUUUCUAAGCGGAGUCCUUUCUACUGAAAUAAUAUGAAAAAAAUGACUGACUGAGAGUGGUCAAAUAUAUAUGCAAAGCAGUACUCAGUGAGCUAUUGGGUAUAUAUGAUGACCCUGGACCACACAAUGCGUAUUUCUUCGAAAAUUGAUUACAACUGCUUGAGGACUGCACAAAAGCUGAGAACUCUGAGUUGAAAAAAUAAUUGAAAUGUUUAAUUUCUUUUCGAGCGAAGUCCUGGUCGCGCUUUAAGUAAUCACUAAUCUGACAGUUGAAAUUAAUAGGUAGAAGCGAAUGUUUGCAUAAUUUUCUAAGUCAACGCACAUAUACAGCAGUCCCAUAAUUCUGGCAGGUAGGGGGAGACAGGUAGACCUAGACAGCAUGUGCUUGGACCUUAUCGUGUACUUAUUCAGCCAGUAAAUCAUCGACACACACAACCACAUUGCGUAGAUGGGUCACAGAUGUACCCCAACGUAAUGCCACUUCUCAUUAGGGUUGGGCACGAGUAUAUGGACUUCCUCGUGUCAUAGGUGGCCUUGCGCCAAAUUCUCAGGGAGUUAAGAUAAGGUUGGGGUCAAGAUUAAGAUCCCAGGAUAGGCGCCCUUCCGGGGAUGUGGCGUGAGGUCACAUGUAGCACAGGGGAAAUCCCUGUUUCCGUGUCCAACUCCCACUUGUUAUGCGUCUAGUUUUGCCGCCCACUCCUGCUGUUAGCAGUUUAUUGCGUAUCAUUUCUACCGCCUUGCAAACAUCUGCAUGCCUACCUUUGUCUUACCAACGUUCUUAGAUAACCCGAUUCAGCGAGUGCCCAAUUAUAGGAUGGAGACUCUGAUGACUGUGUUGACGCUUCGUCGACUGGACAAGGACAAUUUUUCGCCUGAGGAGGUGGUAGAGGCCAAGCUGGCUGCGGACAAACGGCGACAGGAAGAGGCGGCAGCUCGCGCAGCCGAGGAGGUAAAAAAAUCCAAAAAGAUGAAAAAAGGAACUACUUAGUGGCGCACACGAACACGCGAGUCCGUAUUGAGUAGGUUCGCUGCACUGAGGGCGUCUGCGCGCCUCGCUCGUUGCGUUUAUCCAAAUCCGUUUGGUUUGGUUCGAAUUCCCGUUGGUUUACAAUGUUGAGAAAAGUGCAGGUCACAUUUUAUGAUAUCCAAGGGCCAGUGCCUACGGAAACAGUUUCUGCACUUGCCGUCCUUAGGGACUGUUGCAGCUCAACUACUAACGUUACAGACUGUCACACAGACCGAUGCACGGUCGAGAAAAUCUCAUUUCACGAUUAAACUCUGAAUUAUUACGGGAAAAAGCAGACGUUUCUUGGAGAAUUUAGCAUGCUGAAUUGGAGCUUAUGGAAGCAGAGAGCAUUUCGACAUCCAUCGAUUUUAUGACUAGCUGAUUUCGAAAAAAAUUGCCCGAAAUGACACGAUUUUUAAAAUUGGUGAUUUAUUUGACUCUGCUUCGGAUUUACUCGGUUGUUAUUAUCGCCGAAUGUCUCCACUAAAAACAUCAAGAAAAUCACAAAUGUCAUCCAGGAAGAUUUGCAUGACAAAUGCCAACUGAUUAUAAAGGAGAACAUUGUUUCAAAGUUCUGAAGAAAAACAAAUUACUUAAAUUAUAUAGUCCUGACAACAAUACCGACAUGCUAGUGGGUCACUUCUGCUCUACAAUUUAUUUAACUUGACUACCCACACAACUGCACUUCGGCGCCUUUGCUUUUAAGUCCUUGUCUUCUCACAGUGCGUCCUACUUACUGCCUUACAUUCAUUCCCAUCAUUUCCUGUUAGCUGACGUUAACUCAGAUUUUUUGACUGUGGCUGUUGCCAUCAGUUUCACUUUCUUUCAUUGCCUUGACCAUAGUCUGCAGUCCUUCAGUGGCCCUUUUCCUGCCCUACAGGCCUCAAUUAGUCUAAGUUGACAUUGAAUGCCGCUUCCGCUGUUGCCACAAUCGAUGGUGAUGCUGACUUUGACGACGACAAUGAUGCUGCUGCUGCUGCUGCUGCUGCUGCUGCUGCUGCUGCUGCUGCUGCUGCUGAUGAUGAUGAUGAUGAUGAUGAUGAUGAUGAUGAUGAUGAUGAUGAUGAUGAUGAUGAUGAUGAUGAUGAUGAUGAUGAUGAUGAUGAUGAUGAUGAUGAUGAUGAUGAUGAUGAUGAUGAUGAUGAUGAUGAUGAUGAUGAUGAUGAUGCGGAGGAGGAGGAGGAGGAGGAGGAGGAGGAGGAUUUUUGGCGGUAUUGGAAGCAGCUCGCAACCAUCCAAGAUUCUUCAGAAGUCUCGCUGACGUGA